AGAGGGUCGAUUGAUUUUCUCUUUGUAUCUCUUCCGUCCCGUCCCUGUAGACAGACUGCUCUGUGUGGUGAAGGCAUGGUGAAAGCUUCGGGUGGGAAGCGAAAGUGUCUGCCUCCUCCGACCCUGGAAAGCGGGCCUCAGUCCAGGCAUGGUGAAAGCUUCGGGUGGGAAGCGAAAGUGUCUGCCUCCUCCGACCCUGGAAAGCGGGCCUCAGUCCAGAAAUUUACCAGGCGAAGUAGAAAAGGAGCUUCUGGAGGGGUUACUACAUCCCCACACCAAAGUUACUGAUGAAGAUAAAAAAAUGUACAUGUCCCUCCUACGCCCAGAGCCCUUUCAUACCUCAAAAACAGAAGAGACCAAUUAGAAGGAAUCUAGAUCCAAUUAGUGCAUGUUUGUAAAUGUGACGAUUCUUAUCUCCUCUAACCCUCCACUAAUUUUAAGUUUAAUUUGGAAGGAAUCUAGAUCCAAUUAGAUCAAAUGAGACCAAAACUUCAAAAAAUCAUUGUAAGGUUA